CGGCGCUGUCAGCGCGAGCGGCGAGCGGAAUGCAGCGGCUGGAGGCCUGGCCACGUCCGCACCUGGGGGUGGGGGCCGCGGCCGGCCAGGCCGGGGGUCCGGCGCCGCCCGCCGGAGCCGGAGAGCCCACGGGGCCGCGGUUACAGGAACCUUCCCUCUACACCAUCAAGGCUGUUUUCAUCCUAGAUAAUGACGGACACCGCCUGCUGGCCAAGUAUUAUGAUGACACAUUCCCCUCCAUGAAGGAGCAGAUGGCCUUUGAGAAAAAUGUCUUCAAUAAGACCAGCCGGACUGACAGUGAGAUCGCAUUUUUCGGGGGCAUGACCAUCGUCUACAAGAGCAGCAUUGACCUCUUCCUGUAUGUGGUUGGCUCAUCCCACGAGAAUGAGCUGAUGCUCAUGUCUGUUCUCACCUGCCUGUUUGAGUCCCUGGUCCACGUGUUAAGGAAGAAUGUGGAGAAGCGCUGGUUGCUGGAGAACAUGGACGGAGCCUUCUUGGUGCUGGACGAGAUUGUGGAUGGCGGCGUGAUUCUGGAGAGCGACCCCCAGCAAGUGAUCCAGAAAGUGAAUUUUAGGUACCCUCACCCUGGUCUGACCACCCUCUUGACACUGCUUCCCCACAGGCAGAUGACAGCAGCUUGACUGAACAGAGUGUGGCCCAGGUCUCUCUGCUCAGACUAAUCCUGCUUUUAUGGAGCUUCCUGCCCUGGCACUAACUACCUCCCUCCUGCUGUGGUGGCCCAGGCCAAGAUGGGUGUGUAACAUCCCGUGUGGAGCCCCAGGUGUGGUGCCCACUUUCCUGUCACUGCCCUUGGUGCUCACCCUACCUCUUCCUCCUCCUGGUUUCCUAGGCCUCCAAAUACCCUACUGAGAGAAAUGUGGCUGCAUGGCAGUUUUCACAUCCAAAAGAGGUUAGGGAGCGAGGAGCAGAGCAGAUAAAAACACAGGUGCUGUGAGUACAUCCCAGGAUGUACUCGUAUGUUCCACCUUACCACCUAGAAUCUGGUGACCUAGGGCAAGUUACUCAACCUCCCUGGGCCUUGGGAAAUCACAGGACACUCCUCAUGGAGUUAUUAUGAGAAUUAGAUGAGCUAAUGCACGGAAAGCGCUUAGCAUAGCCCCUAUUUUUCCAAAGGGGGAAAGAAUGAAGACAUAAUACUUUUAAUGGAAUUCUUGAGUAAAAAUCAAGGAAGUUGCCGGUAGUGAAUGGAAGAUGAAAUGAGGAGAAAGUUAAAUUCUGGCUAGGAGAAGCAGAAGAACCCCAGGGUCAGCCUGUCCCUGAGAGAGGAGAGAGACUGUGCAGGAAGAAGGGACAAACAGUUUAGGAUGGCCCUUUUUAAAAAGGGAAUGAGGCUUGGUGGCUGGAGGGACAAUAUGAGGGACAUACCUGGAGUCGCCACCACAUUGGCAUUGUGUUUGCAGUUGUAUGGAUUCGUGUAAGCGUUGGACUGAGGCUGUUUCCUCAGCAGGACAUGACAGUGAACAAUUUGAAUGCAUGUGUCCCGUAGCAGUGUCUGGCAAGCCACCAUUUGCCAGCUAUGCCACAUCAGCAGUGGGUUGGGGUGGGUGUGGAGGACACACUGCCAGCCAAGGCCAGAGCUAGAGUUUUGCUGAAAUGUCUGAGCUCAGGAAGUGUCAGGCCUGGGCUCAGUCUCUGCCUGGACGUGGCACUGUGGGCGGGAGCUUGCAUGGCGUGGCAUGGGAAAUAUGGGGCCUGCCGCCACACCCACCGCUGCAGAUGCAGAAACCAGAGGGCUGGGCAGCCGUGGGCCUGGGCUGGGAGCUGGCUGCAGCCAGUUUGGACUGCUCUUUCCAUCCGGAUGGCCUGUCCCCACGUAAGCCAGGCAGAGAUGAGUUGCUGCCACCUAGUGAAGGGGAGUUGCAGGGACCCAUAGAGAAGGUGGGCUUAGACCUCCCUCUCACUGCAGUGUUAAGGCACUUGACGUUUCCGCCAAUUCUUUCUCUUAACU